AUGGAGGGCCAGCCGCUCCAUCUCCUCCUUGCCCAGCCCCACCACCCUCGCCUCCCCGGCCUAAUCCCCAACCACCCUACCCACUACCUGCCCACCUCCCGCCUCCGACUCCGCGUACACCGUCGCAAGCCGAAGCAGCUCGCCGCAGUGCCUUCGAGGCGUCCACCGGGCAGCCAGGCCGACGCACCUGGCCGUAGCGGCUGGGAGCGGGUGCCCAACGCGGUGGCGGCGCUGGUGCUCCAGCUGACCGUGUGCUCGCUCCUUUUUCUCUUCCCCAACCGUGCCCGAGUCCUCGCGCUCCCGCCCCCUCCGGGGGCCGCUGCGGUGGUUGAGGCGACGCAGGAGGAGGAGGACAAGGAGUGGGAGGCUGCGCUGCAGAAAUGGAAGACCAAGACCUACGCGCUCUCGGUGCCCCUCCGGGUCGUCGCGCUCCGUGGCUCCUUCCCUCCGUCUUGGAUUAAGGAUUUCGUUGAAGUUCAGGGGAAGAGGCUCAAAUUCAGUCCCGAGCUCCGUGCUAAUCUUGAUGGGAUCUUCUCUGAGAUGUCACAAUGUAUGGACAAGGGUCAAGUUCAGCCAAAGUCCGCAAUGGCAGCUGAUGUCGUUUCCCUUGGUGACUCCUGGCUUGGCUAUGCCAUCCGUAAGGGAUUGCUAGAGCCUGUCAAGAAUGCUGAAGAACAGGAUUGGUUUCGUAGCCUGAGUGACAGAUGGAAGGUUCAUUUGUGCAGGAACCAGAAUGGAGAAGCAGAUCCUAAUGGUACAAUAUGGGGAGUUCCAUACAGAUGGGGCACCAUGGUCAUUGCUUACAAGAAAAACAAGUUCAAAACACAUAAUCUGAAGCCAAUACAGGAUUGGGAGGAUUUGUGGAGGCCUGAGCUUGCUGGGAGGAUUUCAAUGGUCGAUUCUCCUAGAGAGGUGAUUGGUGCAGUUCUGAAGCAUCUGGGAUCGUCAUAUAACACAGUUGAUAUGGAAAUGGAUGUCAAUGGUGGUAGAGAAGCAGUCCUAAAUAGCUUUACACGAUUACAGAAGCAGGUCCAACUAUUCGACAGCAUGAACUAUCUGAAAUCAUUUAGUGUUGGAGAUGUAUGGGUUGCAGUGGGUUGGAGCAGCGAUGUGAUCCCUGCUGCAAAGCGAAUGUCUAAUGUCGCGGUGGUUGUUCCCAUGUCAGGCAGCAGCCUAUGGGCUGAUCUAUGGGCAAUACCAUGCGCGACAAGAUUUCAGACUGACCAAAUCGGCAGCCGAACCAGAGGCCCAUCUCCACUGAUCCACCAGUGGUUCGACUUCUGCCUGCAGAGUGCUAGAAGCCUACCCUUCCGCCAAGACGUCAUCCCCGGAGCAUCUCCACUGUACCUUGAGAACCCUGUGCCAGAGGUCCCUCAAGAUAAGAACAAGAGGAAGCCGAAGCUGGACACGAACCUUAUCCACGGAGUGCCUCCGCCCGAGAUCCUGGAGAGAUGCGAGUUUUUGGAACCCCUGUCAGUGGUGCGAGACUGUUUGAGUGGUGGAGGCAAAAAUGGCCGUGACCGUGAGGACCUCAGGGCUCAGGCUGCCCCGCCGCUCGACGGCAACGCUCUGAUGACCUCUGAGUCUGAGGCCGGUCAAUGCGUUUGUUUGUGA